UGCUUAUUGGUUCCAAUGGGGAGGCGGGGCGAGCGGCGGUCCUGCCCCCGGAAAUCGUCAGUCACUUCCUCUUUCAGCUUCCUUCGGUGAUGGAACCGGACCGGCACCUGAUGAGUGGUCUUCUGAGGUACAGACAGGAAUUUGGAAGCAAAGCAUCCUGUGGGACUUUGCAAAACAGCAGCAGUUCCUUCUAGCAGAACAACAGCUGGUACAAACACUAGAAGAUCAGAAGACAGUCUGGGCAAGCCUGAAGCAGGAGAAAGGAAACCCUGCAAGGACUCCACAGAGAACCAGACUCCUCUGACCCAACAGAACUUUUUCUUGCAGCAAAUGAUCUCAGAAUUAGAGGAGAAGCUGCAGAGACCCAUGUGAAGUAUGCUACAGGAAUUGAUUUGCCCAAACUACCUAGGAUAAAGGUGAAUCUGAGAUUAAAGGAUAAGGGGAACAUACCAUUUUCCCCCUAGAGAGACAUUGAAGUCAAGAAUCCAGACAGUUGCAUUUCGAGCUGCUUCUGCCACUAACUAGACAAGAUGAUGCUGAGCACCAAAGGAGAAGAAGGCUUUGUGGUGAAGGUCCGGGGCUUGCCAUGGUCAUGCUCAGCCAGUGACAUCCAACAAUUCUUCUCAGAAUGCAAAAUUCAAAAUGGGGCAGCAGGCAUUCAUUUCAUUUAUACCAGAGAGGGCAGACCAAGUGGAGAGGCAUUUGUUGAACUUGAAUCUGAAGAUGAAGUCACACUGGCUUUGAAAAAAGAUAGAGAAACUAUGGGACACAGAUAUGUGGAAGUAUUCAAGUCAAACAACAUUGAAAUGGAUUGGGUGUUGAAGCAUACUGCUCCAAAUAGUCUUGAUACUGCCAGUGAUGGCUUUGUGCGCCUUAGGGGACUCCCAUUUAGGUGUAACAAGGAAGAAAUCGUUCAGUUCUUUUCAGGGCUGGAAAUCAUGCCAAAUGGGAUAACAUUGCCAGUGGACUUCCAAGGGAGGAACAGUGGCGAAGCCUUCGUGCAGUUUGCUUCACAGGAAAUAGCUGAAAAGGCUCUAAAGAAACACAAGGAAAGAAUAGGGCACAGGUACAUUGAAAUCUUCAAGAGCAGCCAGGCAGAAGCUCAGACCCAUUAUGAUCCUCCUCGAAAGCUAAUGGCUAAGCAGCGUCCAGGUCCUUAUGACAGACCUCAGGCAGGCAGAGGCUAUAGCACUCUAGGUAGAGGAGUUGGGUUUGCAGGAAUGAGAUGUGGUGCCUAUGAAGCUGGAUACAGAGGCUAUGAUGACUACAACUGGUAUAAUGAUGAUUACUGCUUUGGAAGAUACCUUAAUUACUAUCUGGCGAUGUCUGGUCACAGCUAUGGAGACAGCUGGUCUACCUUCCACCAGAGUCCAGCAGGUCAUUAUGUGCACAUGAGAGGAUUACCUUACAAAGCUACUGAAAAUGAUAUCUGUGAUUUCUUCUCACCACUCAAACCAGUAGGAGCAUACAUUGAAAUUGGAUCUGAUGGCAGAGUGACUGGAGAAGCAGAUGUUGAGUUUGCUACUCACGAAGAUGCUGUGGCAGCUAUGUCUAAAGACAAAGCAAACAUGCAACACAGGUAUAUAGAGCUCUUCUUGAAUUCUACAACCGAGGCAGACAGCAGUGCUUAUGAUCCACAAAUGAGAGGAGGCAUGAGUUUGUUAAAUCAGUCUACUUAUGGCACUCCACCUAGCCAGGAGCUGAAUGAGGGUUACGGAGGAGUCUCUGAAGGUCAUAUCAGCAUGAACAAAUAUGACCAAGUGUUACAGGAAAACUUCAGCAAUUUUUCAGCCGCACAUGGCACAGAGAACCAAGGAGAGGUGAAUAACAGCUACAACAAUUGGGGAAGCUUUGCAUAUAUGGGAGAGAAUAGAAUGGGAGAAAUAGCUGGCAUAUCCAAUAUGGGAAGUGAAUGUGGGAUGUAUCCUGAUUAUUGACACUUUGUCAACUUUUUAUUAAAGAAAAACAAUUUAAAAUGAUGUUUUAUAAUACAAGCUUUUGAUUUAUGCUUACUGUUAAUGAAAUAAAGAUUGUUUUUUAAAACUCCA